CAUAAAGCUUUGGGAUCUUCCAUUGACUCAUGUCUGUAACCACAACGAUGGACGCUGAACACUUUACGUCGCCUAAACGGGAAUUCCCUAAGAAGAAGUGCGGUGUGCUUGGUGCGACGGGCUCAGUGGGUCAGCGCUUCAUCCUCUUGCUUGCGCUGCACCCGCACUUUGAGCUACACGCCGUCGGAGCUUCUGAGCGCUCAGCCGGCAAGAAAUACAAGGAUGCUGUUCGGUGGAAACAGGCACUGCCGUUCACGGAGCGCAUUGGAGACUUGGUGGUGAAGAAGUGUGUGCCUGAAGAGUUUAAGGAGUGCGAUUUGAUCUUCUCUGGCCUGGACAGCGAUGUUGCAGGAGACGUUGAAAUGUCCUUCCUCAAGUCCAAUCUCGCCGUCUUCUCCAACGCAAAGAACUACCGUCGCGACCCUCUUGUGCCGCUCGUCGUUCCCACCGUCAACCUCCCCCACCUGGACGUGAUCAAGCAUCAGCGGGCACACCAUAAACUGGAAAAGGGUUUCCUUGUCUGCAACUCGAACUGCGCCGUCAUUGGCAUCGUCAUCCCUUUCGCAGCCCUACAAGAGAAGUUCGGCCCGGUAGACCAAGUAUCCGUUGUCACCAUGCAGGCCGUCUCUGGUGCCGGCUACCCAGGCGUAAGCAGCAUGGACAUCAUCGACAACGUCGUCCCCUUCAUAUCCGGCGAAGAAGACAAGCUGGAGACGGAAGCGUCCAAGAUUCUCGGCAGCGUCAACGACGAUGUUACAGGCUUCGUCGACCAGCCCAUGAAGGUAUCUGCAGCGUGCAACCGCGUCCCUGUGCUAGACGGACAUACAGCAUGCGUGUCGCUGCGCUUCCAACGCCGUCCGGCGCCAAGUGCGGAAGAGGUCAAGCAGGCCAUGCGCGAGUAUGUGUCUGAUGCGCAGAAGCUGGGUUGUCCGUCUGCGCCCAAGAAUGCGAUUGUGGUUAUGGAGGAGCCAGAUCGGCCGCAGCCGAGGUUGGAUAGGGAGACGGAUCGGGGGUAUGCUGUUAGUGUGGGACGGAUACGAGAGGAUGAGGCGGGCAUGUUUGACAUCAAGUUUGUUGCGCUCAGUCACAACACUGUCAUUGGAGCUGCUGGGUCGUCGAUUUUGAACGCAGAGGCAGCGGUGCUGAAGGGAUAUGCAUAGGUUUGACACAGAUUGGCGUCCAAAAGGUUUCAAUAGACAUUAAAGAUACCAAAAAUCAAAUACCGUUCACUAUACGAGGAAUGUGUCUCGUGCA